AUGGUUCAAUGGGGCAAGUUCUUUGGAGCCAGCGAGGAGCGGACUCGACACAGAUGGGCAGAAGAAGCUCGUCGCUUACUCCCAGCUAACAACCAUGAUCUUCCUCCCUCAGCCAUCCCAGCAAAGGAGGUCACCAAGGUUGCCCUCAGACUGAAGUAUCAAAUCGAACAAGUUAUCCCUAUCGAGUUGGACGAGGCCAAAAUUACGAAAGCGAAUAGUGCUAUUAUCACUCAGAAAGUGGUUCAGACUGCGAAGGAAGCUGGUGGUCCAGAUAACAAGGCUUGCGUCGUAUACUGCUUGCUUGUCUGCAAGAGAUGGUUCAAGAAGCAAGCUGUUCUGGAGCUGUGGGAUAGUGAUCUACACGACGUUCGAGCUGUUGCAUGUGAGACAAUCGCUAAACGUAUCAUCGAAGCCGAGGAGGAUCAGUCGUACCUCCUGAACAAGGUUCUGCUUCAGCGCUUCUCCAUCUACAGAAAUGGCGAGGAAACCGAACCUGCCAAUGUCGUCGAAAGAGCCGUGGAUCUUCAUGCCUUGACUGUGGUUGGCUCUUCCGGCUAUCAAAAAGCUGUAAAAUUCCUAUGGCGUGGCUGGAUCGUGCAAGAUGACAAGAAUGCUGGCAAUUUCAUUGAGUACAAGCACAGGCAGGAAUCUAAUUACUGGCUACACUACGAUGCCGAUAGGAUGCGAACUCCUCUCUACCAGAACGCUGUCCAGAUAUUCAUGUCCGUCCUCUACCUGGUCCUGUACACCCAGUGUGUCAAUACCGUCAACGAAGAUGGUGAUUUGGAUGUCAUCGAGGGUAUUCUCUACGUCAUGACCUUCGGCUUCAUAUGCGACGAAAUCUCAAAAUUCUGGAAAGUUGGUCGUUACUAUUUCAGCUUCUGGAACGCUUUCAACAGCGCUUUGUAUGCCCUACUCACUACCUCCUUCGUCAUCCGUAUGGUUGCUCUAGCCCACUCUCCGAAUUCACACGAUGAGGAGAGACGCGAACUCAACAAGCUGGGUUAUCACUUCUUUGCCUUUUCAGCUCCUAUGUUCUGGAUGCGUAUGUUGCUCUACAUGGAUGUCUUUCGAUUCUUUGGUGCCAUGCUUGUCGUUCUCAAGGUUAUGAUGCGGGAGUCGCUGAUCUUUUUCGCCCUGCUGGUCGUCGUUUGUAUCGGCUUCCUGCAGUCUUUUAUUGGUCUGAACCAGACAGAAGGAAAUCGCGAAAUUACAGGUUUCAUCUUUGAAGCUAUGAUUAAGGCUAUACUGACUUCGCCCGAGUUCGAAGGCUUUGACGACUACGCUCAUCCCUUCGGCUUGAUCCUCUACUACAUCUUCAGCUUCAUCGUCAUGGUUAUCCUGCUCAAUAUCCUUAUUGCACUCUACAACAGUGCCUACGAAGACAUCACAGACAACGCGAUAGACGAGUACAUGGCCCUGUUCGCCGAGAAGACCAUGCGUUUCGCCAGAGCGCCAGACGAGAACGUCUUUAUCGCUCCCUUCAACCUCAUCGAGAUCUUCCUCCUCAUCCUACCCUUUGAAUGGUGGAUGUCAGAUCACGCCUACGAAAGACUCAACCACUACGUCAUGACCGUCAUCUAUUCCCCUCUUCUGCUCAUGACCGCACUCUACGAAACGCUCGAGGCCAAGCGAGUGCGUUUCAACAGGAAACGUGGAGAAGAAGAUGAUGAUACCAUAGAAGAAUGGGAACAAAUGGAUGAGGACCUCGACUUUGAGUCUGAAGGCUGGACUAAGACGGUGGAGCAGACAAAGCCAAAUGUUGAGGUUGAUAGUGACGUCCUCGCUAUAAGAGAAUUGCAGCAAGAGGUUCAAGAUUUGAAGACCAUGAUCAAGAGAAUGGGCAGUGUUGAGCCUGAAAGUGCUGCUAAUGGAGGAUCAUGA